UCAAAAAUGGAUUUGUCUCUAAUAAAAAUUAUUGAAACUUUAAAUGUUGACGCCGUUCAGGAUUCAAUUACUUCAUUAAAAGAUAAAGGAACAGAUUUGGAACGUAUAAAAUCAUCAAUUGAACGUGUUUUGCGUACUAAAGCUUUGGAAUUUGGACGUUCAGAUAUUCCUGUUGCAGAUGUUGAAGCUUUUGUAAAAUUUGUUAUUGGAUUGGCAGAAAAGGAUAUCGGAGUUUCUAAAGAAAAUGAUAAAGACAAUAAAAUUUGCACAAAAACGUUAACAAUUCAAAUACUUCAAGACAUUUUUGAUGUUUCUACAACUCAACGAUGUGAACAACUUUUUGGAAUUAUUGAAAAUAAUAUUCAUAUUUGGAAAACGCCAUUCUUCUUUUCUUCAUGCAAAAAUAUGAUUUUACGUCUAUGCAAUGAUUUACUUAAACGACUUUCUCGUUUUAUUGAUACAACAUUUUGUGGACGUAUUUUAAUACUUUUGGCUAAAUCUUUACCUUUAAAUGAAAAAUCUGGAUUAAAUUUGCCUGGACAUUUUAAUACACAAAAUGUUACUGUUUUUGAUAGAGAAAAGAAAGAUCAACAUCCACAACACGAAGAAAACGAACAACGUAUGGAAGAAGGACCAGAAGAGCCUCCACAACUUCCAUCAGUUUCUUCAACUGCUGGAGGAGUAGAUGAUGAUAUAGAAGUUGGGGAAAUUAGAGAUCAUCGAGAUUCAUUUGGAGGAACAAUUCCAAUGGAUUAUAAUUUGUAUUUCAAUUUUUGGGAUUUGCAAAGAUUUUUUUCUAAUCCAAAUUUGUUGUUUGAAAAUGAUAAUUUUACAAAAUUGGAAAAUGUUUGUUUUUUAGUUAGAAAAUUAAAAAUUUUUUAG